CCCGUGCAGCACCGUUCUGUAAUCGUACUUUGACCCUCCUCGCUCCCACUAGCAUGUCACAAAAAAACAAGGUGGGAUCGGAAGUGUUAUGGAAAGAGGCAAAAUAAAGAAAAAACACAAAGGCACCAAUUCUGGCGGUGGGGACCAGGAGGGAAGGGAGAAAAACAUCAACAUGGCUCAGCCUGAGAAGCGUUACAAGGUGGUUUUCCCAGCAGUGAUUGCUUUGCUGGUUGCCAUUUGCGUGGCAGAAAUCCCCUCAUGCCACCCCCGGCAUAAGGCUGCAGUAGUAAAGAUGGACGAGGCCUCUCUCACUGUGAACAAUGAGCUGGACGCUGAGAUGGUUGUGAGCUGGCUAUCAGACCACUGCUAUCAGUGUGUGUACCAGCCCCUGGGUGUGGUGCCAGCGGGCCCUGGACCAGGCUUACCCAGCUCAGUGGACUUCACCGUGGGCACACAGCAUGGCAUCACCCUGCAGCUCAACAGCAGCCCAGUCAGCCUGGAACUCUGCAGGGUUCAUUACCACUUUUGGGAGCAUGGUAACUACUCUCUGUGGGUCAAGAACCUGAACGACUCCUCAGUGGUCAACUGUUCCAUGAUCACUGACACAGAAACGGUCAACAGCUACCUGCCCAUCAUGGUGGCCUUUCUGUUGUUCACGGGACUGGCUGUACUGUCUGCUAUUGGAGCUACUGUCACGGGGCUGGACGUGGUUAAAAACCUGAUGUUCCGAUUGGGCAACUCCAUGGAAACUGAGAGGCUCAUCAACUCGGACCUGGGGUUUCCAUGCAGGACGGUGGAGACGGCCACAGACACCAUCCUCCCCACCCCCGCCACCCCCAGCCGGAGGCUCCGAUCCCUGGACACUUUCAGAGGGCUGUCCCUGGUCAUCAUGGUGUUUGUGAACUACGGAGGAGGGAGGUACUGGUUCUUCAGACACGAGAGCUGGAACGGACUCACAGUUGCUGAUUUGGUCUUUCCCUGGUUUGUGUUCAUCAUGGGCACAUCUAUAUCCCUGUCUGUCAGCUCAGCCCUGCGAUGUGGUUUGUCACGUUUCUCUCUGUUCACCAAGGCAGUUUGGAGGAGUGUUCAGCUCUUCCUCAUAGGACUCCUCAUCAUCAACCCCAACUACUGCCAGGGACCACUAUCAUGGGACUCCCUGCGUAUCCCUGGCGUGCUUCAGCGUCUGGCCUUCUCCUAUCUAGUGGUGGUCUCUCUGGACCUCUGUGUGGCCUGGAACAGCCUGGACAACCUUCCUGUGGAUGCUUGGUGGUACUCUGCUCGUGAGUUCCUGCUCUACUGGCCAGCCUGGCUGUGUGUGGUCGUCUUGGAAACCGUGUGGCUCUGUCUCACCUUCCUGCUCCCUGUUCCUGACUGCCCAAGUGGUUAUUUGGGCCCGGGUGGUAUUGGGGACAUGGGCCAGUACCCAAACUGCACUGGGGGAGCAGCUGGAUAUGUAGACCGUUGGCUACUGGGAGAGAACCACAUCUAUCAAACACCUUCCUCGCGGGUGAUCUACAAGUCUCACCUGCCCUUUGAUCCAGAGGGAGUCCUUGGCAGCAUCAACUCUGUCCUCAUGGCUUUCCUGGGACUACAGACAGGAAAGAUUCUCCUCCACUACAAGGACCAGCACUCCAGUAUAAUGGCCCGGUUCCUCAUAUGGAGCCUGGUUCUGGGAAUCACAUCAGCCGUUCUGACCAAAUGUUCACUAAAUGAAGGCUUCAUCCCCAUCAACAAGAAUCUAUGGUCUCUCUCCUACGUGACCACCCUGGCGUGUUUUGCCCUGCUGCUCCUGGUGUUGAUCUACUACACAGUAGAUGUGAAGAGGUGGUGGUCUGGGGCGCCCUUCUACUACCCCGGUAUGAACUCCAUCCUGGUGUACGUGGGCCACGAGGUCCUAGAGGAGUACUUCCCGUUUCGCUGGCGCAUGGCCGACAGCCAAUCCCACGCAGAGCACCUGACCCAGAACCUAUUGGCCACUUCCUGCUGGGUCCUCAUCUCCUUCCUGCUGUACCGGAAGAACAUCUUCUGGAAGAUCUAGAGGGCCAGGACGCGUUUCAAAGUGUCUUUCUUCAAGUCCUCUAAAGAUUUAGGGGGAAGGUCUGAAGGGGCCGGGCUGCGUCUCAUAAGUAUUUUCUCAGGUCUUUCUGAAGGAUCUUACUCUCCUCAAUUCCUUGUGUCCUUCAACCAACGAUCCACUCACUGGGAGAUGUUGAGCUGGGCCGUAUCUCAACAGUCUCCUCAAUUCCUUGUGUCCUUCAACCAACGAUCCACUCACUGGGAGAUGUUGAGCUGGGCCGUAUCUCAACAGUCUCCUCAAUUCCUUGUGUCCUUCAACCAACGAUCCACUCACUGGGAGAUGUUGAGCUGGGCCGUAGCUCAAUAGUCUCCUCAAUUCCUUGUGUCCUUCAACCAACGAUCCACUCACUGGGAGAUGUUGAGCUGGGCCGUAUCUCAAUAGUCUCCUCAAUUCCUUGUGUCUUUGAGGAUCUUUCGUCUGUGUUGCAUUUCACUUGUCUUUCAUCAAUUCCUUGUAUCCUUUCUCCAGCUUCCUUUAAAAAAAAAAGGGAAUAGUGUAAAGCGUUUCCUCUCCUUGUUUCCUUUCCUCGUGUGCUCUCCUUGCAUGACGCUGAUGUUUUUGAGAAGGGAACAUAAUCACUCAGGAAAAGGCUGGUCUGGGAUUGUAUACAAGAGACACGGAAACUCUAGAAACCACGAUUACCAUUUUUCUGCUCAUCAAAUCAAAUGUUACUAGUCACAUGCGCCGAAUACAACAGGCGUGGUGGACUUUACCGUGAAAUGUUUACGUACGAGCCCGUAACCAAAAAUACAGUUCAAGAAAGUAGAGUUGAUGGAAACAAUGCUACAGGCUCUGGUCUACGCUACACUGUAACUACGGACACACAGGUCAGAGGUCACUGGGAUGUGGGAUCAAACUGGACUUCACAAAAACAAAAACAAAUGGAGCGUACAGCCAAUCCGGUAUGGAAUAGUGUACCAUGGAUAAUACACAUGAGUUUUACGAGCACCUGUUCUCUUGGGACUGAAACAACCAAUGCCAGACAGUUGUACGAGCACCUGUUCUCUUGGGACUGAAACAACCAAUGCCAGACAGUUGUACGAGCACCUGUUCUCUUGGGACUGAA